GUCCAAAGUCAGGAGACCAUGUCAAGAUCGGGUGACAGAACGUCCACCUUUGACCCGGCGCACAGUGACACGCUGCUGCACGGGCUCAACCUGCUGUGGAGAAAGCAGCUCUUCUGUGAUGUGACUCUCACCGCCCAAGGGCAGCAUUUCCACUGCCACAAAGCGGUGCUGGCGUCCUGCUCCCAGUACUUCAGGUCGCUGUUCUCCUCCCACAACGCCAUCGGCAACAACGAGAGCGGCAAGGGAGAUCAGGGCAGCGGCAGCACCCCCUCGUCUUCGCCCGACGACAAGUUGGUGACCCCGAGUGCCAGGCCCAUCAAUAACCUGGUCCUGCAGGGCUGCUCGUCCAUCGGACUGAGACUCGUGUUGGAGUACCUGUAUACGGCCAACGUGACUCUUUCCCUAGACACGGUGGAAGAAGUGCUGUCGGUCAGCAAGAUACUCAACAUCCCCCAGAUUACAAAGCUCAGCGUGCAAUUUCUUAACGACCAGAUCUCGGUGCAGAACUACAAGCAGAUCUGCAAGAUUGCCGCCCUACACGGACUGGACGAGACUAAGAAGCUGGCAAACAAAUACUUGGUGGAGGACGUGCUGCUUCUCAACUUCGAGGAGAUGUGCGCCAUGCUGGAUGCCCUGCCGCCGCCAGUGGAGUCAGAGCUGGCGCUCUUUCAGAUGUCGGUGCUGUGGCUGGAGCACGACCGCGAAACCCGCAUGCACUACGCACCAGACCUCAUGAAGAGGCUGCGUUUUGCUCUCAUCCCAGCCCCGGAGCUGGUAGAGCGGGUGCAAUCGGUGGACUUUAUGAGGAGUGACCCCGUGUGCCAGAAGUUGCUGUUGGAUGCCAUGAACUACCACCUGAUGCCCUUCAGACAGCACUGCAAGCAGACCACAGCCAGCAGAAUCCGUUCCAAUAAGAGAAUGCUGUUACUGGUGGGUGGUUUGCCCCCUGGACCUGAUCGCCUCCCCAGCAAUUUAGUCCAGUACUAUGACGACGAAAAAAAGACAUGGAAGAUACUCACAAUAAUGCCUUACAACAGCGCCCAUCACUGCGUGGUGGAGGUGGAAAACUUCCUGCUGCUGCUUGGCGGAGAGGAUCAGUGGAACCCCAAUGGAAAACACAGCACAAAUUUUGUAAGUCGCUAUGAUCCCAGAUUCAACAGUUGGAUACAACUUCCUCCUAUGCAGGAGAGGAGAGCCAGCUUCUUCGCCUGCCGCCUAGAAAAGCACAUGUACGUGAUCGGCGGCCGCAACGAGACUGGCUACCUCUCCAGCGUGGAAUCAUACAACCUGGAGACCAACGAGUGGAACUACGUGUCGUCUCUACCGCAGCCAUUAGCCGCCCACGCGGGAGCGGUGCACAAUGGCAAGAUCUACAUAUCAGGGGGGGUCCACAACGGCGAGUAUGUGUCGUGGUUGUACUGCUACGACCCGGUAAUGGACGUGUGGGCCCGCAAACAGGACAUGAACACAAAGCGCGCCAUUCACACGCUGGCCGGAAUGAACGAUCGCCUCUAUGCCAUCGGGGGGAACCAUUUGAAAGGUUUCUCUCAUUUAGACGUCAUGUUAGUGGAAUGUUAUGACCCCAAAGCCGACCAGUGGAACAUCCUGCAGACACCCAUCCUAGAGGGGCGCAGCGGUCCAGGAUGCACUGUCCUGGACGACAGCAUCUUUCUCGUUGGUGGUUACAGCUGGAGCAUGGGGGCGUAUAAAUCAUCAACCAUCUGCUACAGCCCUGAGAAGGCCACAUGGACAGAGCUGGAAGGUGAGGUAGCGGAACCUUUGGCGGGCCCAGCUUGUUCCACUGUCAUCCUGCCCGCGUGCCUCCCCUUCAACAAAUGA